GGACCAGCGACUGAACACCAUUAAUUUUUUGGGGGUCACCUGCAGCACAUAAAUCAAAACGAAAAGCUAGCGGGACGCUUUAAAUCAAGUGGAGUGGGGGAAAAAAGGAGACUCACAGUCAAAAUGCACCCUCAGACAAUUAUUGAACAGUGCAAACAGUCAAACAUGUAACUGUAAAAUGAGAACACUUACAAGCAAGCAGCAGCAGCAAUAGACCAAGACACAUGUCAAGGCGGUCACGUUUUGACUAACCUGACAUUGCUCACGAGGCCACAGUUCAGACACACAGUUGUGAAGACUCAAGUCAACUUUAUUUAUAGAACAUUUUAACAACAACCACAGCUGUUACAAAGUGCUGUCUGUACAUAAGAUGGAACAUAAAAAACACGCAGACCACGCAGCAAUUACACUUUUUAUAACCUAGUUUAUUUCUUUACAUUCCCAUUCAUUCCGUUUUAAUACAAUGCAGUGCUAUUUUCUUUUGGUGUAACACGUAAAAUAAUUUGCGGUCGUUUUAGGGGGCAAAAACGGAUGACUGCAUUUCCAAUUCAUUUCAAAAGGGAAUACAGAUUUGAUAUGUCGUCUUAAUGGCCUGAAAGAUGCCAUGAGAUGAUGGGGCGGUUGAUUAAUUACGCUUUAAACUCGAUGGGAUGGAAUCCCUCGUCUCCAGAGCAGCCCCCACCCCUCCACCCACCGCGGAUGUGUCCGCCGGUGUCGCGAACACACAAACUUCCAUUUGAGAGGCGUUGCUGUAGGACGCCACUGCAUCGGAAUGAUGAGCUGAUGGUGUGACCCCAGUCGCGGAAAACCCCUGACGACAGCGUCGCCUCAGUGAUGCCUUGCCUUGUAUCUGCCGCUGUGCGCUUAUGCCAGAGCGCGCAGGAUGAGAGCGAUGACAAAGAGUGGGCUGUAUCCCAGUGCAGCAGGGUGCGUGUGUUAGCGAGACGCCGUUCCUCGACAAAAAUAUGACUUGGAUGUGAGACAGCUGAUGCAUGGUUGGGGGAGAUGCAGAUCCCGGUCGCCGUGUAGGAUGUUUCCCCACCUCAACCUUCCUGCGGGCGACCACUCGCCUUUUGUAGCCCCGCGCGACGUUCGUGUCACGAUCGGGAGAAGAAACAACGCCUUUUGGGUACCUGCAACGCGCUCUUACUGCAAGUCCGAAGAAUUAUGACCAAAGGAUCCCACCCGGAAUGCGACUCACCUAAGGACACGUUUGUCGAGGAGCUGCUGGGGAAAUAUGGAACUUGAUCGACGUCGUCGCGUUUAAUGCGCCCACGGAGAUACGAGUCAACACAAACCGAGGAGAAUGUGUAGAGGGGGAGACGGAGGCUUCGGGAUGUAUUGUGGCUGAAAAGAAAAAAAACACCCCGCAAAGAGGAGAUCCGCUGUCGAACACAAAAGAAAGAAAGCAGGAGGGCGAAAAUGCAGUUUGAGACAUUGCGUCAGUUCUGUAGCUCGGUUCUAUCCCAUUUCAAUGGUGCUUUCUCGGCCCCUCAAAACAUCUUACAGACCGAGCUGUUGGAACAGGCGCUGAGCAACAUAGGGAAACGAAGUCCAUCUGCAUCCAGGGAUCCAAACCAAAAAUACGACCAAAGGGAAGGGAUUGACCAUUCGCAGUAUGCCCCGACAGACGGAAGCAUGCCCAGAUCACCGUCUGACUAUGGGAAUGGGGACCCUCGGCGGGCUCCGAGGGGCCCACACUUGUACCCGGACGUAAAUGCAGCAUGGACUGGCUACAGAGACCGGCAGGGUCCUGGACACUGGCACUCCCAGGAAUACCCUCUGGACCAGGAGCUAGAUGGGCCACACAAUGAAUAUGACCGCCAGAGACAACGGCAGGAGGAGUUCCAGACUCGCUAUCGCAGCGACCCCAACCUAGCACGCUAUCCUGUUAAGCCGCAGCCCUAUGAAGAGCAGAUGAGAAUGCAUGCGGAGGUGGGCCGCCUGAGGCAUGAGCGACGUCAUAGCGAUGUCUCGCUAGCUUACACUGAGCAGGACGACCCGGCUCCGAUUCGGCUGUCACGUCAACACCUCACUGAGCGGCGUCCGCCUAUGGUGGGACAGCGAUCUUACUCUGUUGACCGCUCCUCACCAGGGCCCAUGGGUCCUGGCCUUGGGGGCCACAGAACAUCAAAUCACAGCCCCCCAACACCUCACCGCAGCCCUGUGUUAUCUGGGGAUCUUCGGAGAGGUGACAUGGGCGGAGGAGGGGAAUCUAUGAGGAGACAACAACAUCACUUGGACCCCAAUUCAGCUGUUCGCAAGAGCAAGAGGGAGAAGAUGGAAAGCAUGUUGAGGAAUGACUCUCUGAGCUCGGAUCAGUCGGAGUCUGUACGUCCUCCACCCCCCAAGCCCCACAAAACAAAAAAGGGAGGGAAGAUGCGGCAGGUGUCACUGAGCAGCUCAGAAGAGGAGUUGGCAACUACGCCGGAGUACACCAGCUGUGAGGAUGUGGAGAUAGAGAGUGAGUCAGUCAGUGAGAAAGGCGACAGUCAAAGGGGAAAAAGAAAAACAAUUGAGCAGGCAUUUAUGUCUGAGCCGGCACACACCUUAUCUGAAAGGCAAAAGAAAAUGGUACGCUUUGGGGGACACUCAUUUGAAGAGGACUUGGCGUGGUGUGAACCGCAAGUUAAAGACUCAGGAGUUGAUACGUGCAGUAGCACUACCCUAAACGAGGAGCAUAGCCAUAGUGAGAAGCAUCCGGUGACGUGGCAGCCGUCCAAAGACGGGGAUCGCCUAAUAGGGCGCAUUUUGCUCAAUAAGAGAAUGAAAGAUGGAAGUGUGCCUCGAGACUCAGGAGCUCUGCUUGGUCUUAAGGUGGUCGGAGGCAAGAUGACAGAAUCUGGCAGACUUUGUGCUUUCAUCACUAAAGUGAGAAAAGGAAGUCUAGCUGAUACUGUCGGGCACCUCAGACCAGGUGACCAGGUGCUGGAAUGGAAUGGAAGGCUUUUACAAGGAGCCACAUUUAAAGAAGUUUACAAUAUAAUUUUAGAAUCCAAGCCUGAACCACAAGUGGAACUGGUGGUCUCACGGCCCAUCGGAGAUAUUCCAAGGAUACCAGACAGCACACAUGCACAACUGGAAUCAAGUUCAAGUUCUUUUGAGUCCCAAAAGAUGGAUCGCCCGUCCAUUUCCAUCACCUCCCCCAUGAGUCCCAACAUGCUGAGGGACGCUCCGCAGUACUUGUCAGGACAGCUUUCAAGCCAAAGCCUUAGUAGAAGAACACCGCCUAUUCCCCCUAGGGUCCAGGUUAAAUUGUGGUAUGACAAAGUUGGCCAUCAAUUAAUAGUCACCAUACUGGGAGCCAAAGACCUGCCACCCAGGGAAGAUGGUCGGCCCAGGAACCCUUACGUGAAAAUCUACUUCCUCCCUGAUAGAAGUGACAAAAGCAAGAGGAGAACAAAAACAGUCAAGAAAUCCUUAGAGCCCAAAUGGAACCAGACUUUUAUGUAUUCCCCGGUACAUCGGCGGGAGUUUCGAGAGCGCAUGUUGGAGAUCACGUUAUGGGAUCAAGCCAGAGUGAGGGAAGAGGAGAGUGAAUUCUUGGGAGAGAUACUCAUUGAACUGGAAACUGCUCUUUUGGAUGACGAGCCUCACUGGUACAAGCUCCAGACCCAUGACGUGUCUUCCAUCCCGCUCCCGCGUGCCUCGCCAAACACACAACGUAGGCAGCUUCAUGGAGAAAGUCCAACACGGCGGCUUCAGAACAAAGGCUCAUAUUCAUACUCAGGAUCCCAGAGGAUAAGUGAUGGCGAGAUCUCAGACUAUGAUUGUGAAGAUGGUGUUGGGGUCAUAACAGACUACCGACCGAAUGGCAGAGACUUCCAGAGCUCCACUUUGUCUGUCCCAGAACAGGUGAUGUCUUCGAACCAUUGUUCCCGGUCUGCUGAAAUUCACAGAGCACGUUCACGCUCUCCAAGCGUUCCCCCACCUGCCAGCCAAAACCACCGUGUGUACCCAAUCUGCCGUGAGGAAGCAGUCAGGUUACUGCGUUCCACUCGGAUAUCCCGUGCCUUUUCUGAGGGCGCCUACUCUUCUGACUAUGACUUUGAGAGGAGCCACGGAGCCAUGGAUAGACACGAGUAUCACAUCAGGUCCCGUUCUGCAGACCAGCGGCCCACAAUAGAGCGCCCCGCAUCCCGAUCACGCUCCACUGAACGCCCCCACGACUCAUCGAUGAUGAGGUCCUUGCCGUCUCUGCCAUCUGGGAGGUCAGCCCCUCCCUCACCUGCCAUGACGAGGGCGCACCCGCGUAGUGGAUCUGUCCAGACCAGUCCAAACAGUACGCCCAUGUCCCACAGACGAGGUCGGCAACUCCCCCAGCUUCCAUCCACAGGGAAGGAGAGAAAAGACACUGCCUCACCAAGUUGGACGAACUCAGGUAUUGAAAUGGAAGAGAGGACCAGGCAGAUGAAGAUGAAGAUGAACAAGUACAAGCAGGGAGCUGGCUCCGACUCACGGCUGGAGCAGGACUACCACAAGCAUUCCGGCAGAGAUCCACGGGGUUCAGAUAACCUGUCAGCCAAGUCAUCAGACAGUGAUGUUAGCGACGUGUCCGCUGUGUCGAGAACCAGUAGCGCCUCUCGGUUCAGCAGCACGAGCUACAUGUCUGUCCAGUCUGAAAGGCCGCAAGGAAACCGCAAAAUCCGUGACUUUGCAUCCAAAAUGAAAAACAGGCAGAUGGGCUCAUCGGGCGGCGUGAAUAUGACGAAGAGCACCAGCAUCAGCGGUGACAUGUGUAACCUGGAAAAGACAGACGGCAGCCAGUCGGACACAGCGGUCGGCACGGUAGGCACCGACGACAAGAAGAGGCGCUCCAGCAUUGGUGCCAAAAUGCAGGCCAUGGUUGGCAUGUCACGCAAGAGCCGGAGCACCUCGCAACUCAGCCAAACAGAAGCAGGGGGCAAGAAGUUGCGCAGCACCAUCCAGAGGAGCACAGAGACGGGCCUGGCGGUGGAAAUGAGGAGUCGGAUGACUCGUCAGGCCAGCCGAGAAUCCACAGACGGCAGCAUGAACAGCUACAGCUCCGAGGGAAAUCUCAUCUUCCCUGGAGUGAGGCUGUCCUCAGAAGCCCAGUUUAGUGACUUCCUGGACGGGCUAGGGCCCGCCCAGCUCGUCGGACGACAGACGCUGGCUACACCACCAAUGGGCGACAUCCAAAUCGGCAUGGUGGAAAAGAAAGGAGCGCUGGAGGUGGAAGUCAUCAGAGCUCGUGGCCUUGUCGGAAAACCAAAUUCCAAGGCACUGCCAGCACCCUAUGUUAAGGUCUACCUUUUGGAAAACGGAGUCUGCAUAGCCAAAAAGAAGACAAAAGUAGCAAGAAAAACCUUGGAUCCUCUUUACCAGCAGCAACUGCCGUUUGAGGAAAGCCCCGGAGGGAAAGUUUUACAGGUGAUAGUCUGGGGCGACUAUGGACGUAUGGACCAUAAAUCAUUCAUGGGAGCAGUUCAGAUACUGUUAGACGAGCUGGACCUGUCCAACAUGGUGAUCGGCUGGUUCAAGCUCUUUCCUCCCUCCUCGCUGGUGGACCCAACUCUCGCCCCCCUGACAAGAAGAGCUUCCCAGUCCUCACUGGACAGUUUCUCACGGUCAUAGCAGCGUGCGGACUGACAGCGUUGUUGUAGCAGCCAGUGUUGCGAUGACAGGUCACGCCCCCCGGUUACACUGCAUGCUUGAUGUUGUGUCUUCUGAGCCUGUUUCUCGGGGUGCAAAUGUGAUCCUGUGUUUUGAGCAAAAACGUUGCACACGCGACGCACGCGGCGAAGCGCAUCGCAAGCGUCUGGCGGCCAAGGAUUGCCGGGCGAUGUUGUUCUUGCUGUUGGAAGGAAACUGGAAUGAACUCCUUAGCACGAGGAAUCCGUCAUAUCCAGGUUUUCGUCCAGUUCGAAGCCAUGGGGGUCAGCACUGGGAACCGCGAAACGAGUUCUACAGAAACCCUUUUUCGAAUGAAAAAUAAACGUUUGGCUUUGAUUUUCAGUUUUGGAUUUGUUUUUAUUUGUUUCUUUUUCCUGUCGUAGGUUUUUUUUUGUUUUUUUUUUUUAAUGUCUGAAGGGAGUGACAGUGGCUUUUACCACCAAAUACUUGGUCAUGCCCCGCCAAUCGGCCUAGUUGUAGUGAGCUUUUUUUGGACCAUUAAAUAGGAUGAGUUUUGUCCCAGCUUGAACCCACACUUCCCCAAUUCCGAAAAGAAAAUGGCCUGCAGACUUUUGGUAUGUGCUCAACCAAACUCCCGGAGACUCACCAGACAGCAUAAAUCAAGAGGUAAUAUUGCCGUGGCUACAAAUCACCAAUAAUGAGUCGUCAAAACUCCGGUGAAAAGAUGUGCAAUCUACCAUCUUUGUUUCAUUCUUUCUCUUUUUGAUAUAAAGUAUGAAAAAUGUUUCAGAAAAAUAUAUUUUCCCUUUUUAGUUCAUUUGCAUGAAUACAAAUUUAGCUGAGUACUAAAAAAAAAAAAAAGUUUUUUUUUUCUUAAGGCUGUCACUUGCAAAAAAGAUGAAAAAGAAAUCGAACAGAUCAGCCAUUUCCAACCAUUUUGUAUUCUUUUUAAAGAUGUGUUUCAUUAGUGCAUGGUUGGAGAAUGAAUGCAACAUCACGAUCAAGAGAAAAGUCAUUGUUUAUCAGUCCUGAGACCGUUCCUUCAUGAGUCAGUAAGAUCAUGGAAACAAAAGGGACAUUUUGGAGUACAGUAUUUAACAGAUAAUGUUUUAUGAGACACACAUAAAAAAAAAAAUAAUAAUGACAAUAAAUGUAAAUGACUUAUUUCAUGGUGAAAAGGCUGAGAUAAAGAUUAUGUGAAAAUUGUACAUGUUUCUCUUUUUAUUCCUUCUCCCAGGGUACUUCACAUUGUACUGUUCAUUUCUACCAAUGUCCCCCCCCAUGUAGUGUCCGGAUUAGCUCUGGUCCAGAUCUGGCGAUCUUACAGUUCUUGAUUUGUUUUGGUAUGCAAUUUAGUUCUGAUUUGAUUUCUUUAACAAGCAUGUUGAAAAGGAUUCUCUGCAACAUGGCUUGGGCACACCUUAAAGUAACUCAGCAUGUUUUGAUAUAAGAUGAUAUUUGGAAUUUUUGCAGUUUUCUUGUACAGUGCAUGUCAACGUCGUUCAUUUUUCUCCCUCACGUUCAAUUCAUUGCGACACCAAAUUAGUUUUCAGUCAUCCAAUGACCAAUUAUAGAAGUUUUGAACCAAACAUUCCACUCCCAAGCCCAUAUUAUCUUUGGGGAUAUUGAAGAAAAAAGUGACAAGGAAAAUAUUUUCUUCUUAAGGGGGUUGAGGAGGUUUGAUGACAAGUAUAUUUGAUUUCGGUAUUGUUGACAAACUUCCAAAAUAUUCUGUAUUGGUACAGCAAAAGGUCAAUAUGUAAUCAAGAGGAAGCAAACCUGCAAAAUAAAGAUGUGUUGCUGCAGUUCCAUACAAGCACUGUUUAGGAGAUGAGCUCAUCACAAGUUUAAAUGAGAUGGAAUAUUGCCACAGAAAAUGCUUUUGUUCUUUUUUUCAUGAAAAGGACAUUGAUUUCAUAUAUUUUUGUUAGUUUUCUUUUCAAAGCCAAGACCUGAUUAUUUUUUAUUUUCUAUUUUUAGUAAUAAUCAAAAUGUCUAAUGUCUGAUAGGUUAAUGAAUCGCAUAGCUGCAGUUGUGUCUGAAUGAAAAUGUACUGGGGCAUUAUUCCUUUAUCACAUGGAGAUGUCCAAGGAUGUUUUUUUUUUUAAUUUUUAUUUUCUUUAUUUUUUUUGCUGUCACAGUCUGCAGUCUAUCUUCUAAUUUUGGAUUUCCCAUUGUACAUACAUACAUAGAUGUCAGAUUUUAAAUAAACACAAUACCGUGAUGACACUUCUGGAGCAGGAAAAAUGCCUCACAUGAUGAAAAAGACAUGUAAUUUAUCCUUUUGACUGCCUUUAAGUUUCUCUUUCUUUUUGUGCAAUGUGUUCAUGCCAAGGCUUGUCUUGGUUAACAAGUAUGGUUGAGUACAGAGAUUUAUGUAAGUUAUUUUUCAAAUUAAAAAUUAAAAAAACAUGAUAUUACA